CGAUAAAAUGUACGCACUGGUAUAUUCAUCUGACAAAGGAACACAACUGUUCAAUGAUAUAAAGAAUCCUUUUCAUAAUCCUCACAUACCAGAAUCUGGCGUUUGCUUUUUCUGGAUGAUUUUUAUUGAAAGAAACAUCAAUUUUACAGAGUGUCAUUGGAGGGAUGCAAGACUCACCAACUUUUAUUUUAAUGGUAGAUUCAUCUAAUUAAAGGGGCAAAAAAUAUAUAUCCUCCGAGCCAACGGCCUAACCCGUGUCAGGCGACCUAACUCGCCUAGACAGCUCUAUUAUCCCGUGGCCUCUCCCACAAGUAAGAGUUAAUAACCUCUAAAAGAUUCA